AAUGUUCCAUCUCCAAAAAGACACGUAAAGCAACAAAAAUAGAGAAAAUCACUCAGCACAAAAGCAGCGAAUUAAUGAAUUAAAAAGGACCCAAACUCGAUAAGCACACACAAUGGACGCUGGCGUGUGGUACCGCUCGCUGCCCCGCUUCACCCGCUACUGGCUGACGGCCACCGUGGUGCUGAGCAUGCUCUGCCGCUUCGAUGUGAUACCCCUUCAUUGGCUGCAUCUGGACCGAUCGGCCGUUUUCGGCAAGCUGCAGCUAUGGCGCUGCAUGACGUCACUGUUCGUCUUUCCCAUCUCGUCGAACACGGCCUUCCACUUCCUCAUCAACUGCUUCUUCAUCGUGCAGUACAGCUCCAAACUGGAGAAGGAUCAGUACAGCCGGAGUCCGGCUGAUUACCUGUACCUGCUGAUCGUGUCGGCGGUGCUGGCCAACAUCGGAGGCAUGAUCUUCAACGUGUACUUCCUCAUGGACAUGCUGGUGCUGGCCAUCACGUACAUCUGGUGCCAGCUGAACAAGGACGUCACCGUGAGCUUCUGGUUCGGCACCAGGUUCAAGGCCAUGUACCUUCCCUGGGUGCUGGCCGCCUUCGAGUUCAUUUUCCACUUCUCGCUCGCCUCGCUAGUAGGCAUAUUCGUGGGACAUGUGUACUACUUCUUCAAGUUCCAAUACUCGCAGGACCUGGGCGGCACACCCCUGCUGGAAACGCCUCAGUUCUUGAAGCGCCUGGUGCCGGAUGUUUCCGGCGGAUUCGGCGGCUUCGGACUCCCACCGGAGAGCAGAGCACCACCCAGGCAGGCGCCCGAAAGUCCCUGGGGCCGGGGUAUGACCUUGGGUAGCAACUGAACUCCAAGCUGAUCCUCGAAACUCUAGACUAGACUAAUUCCCCUUUUUACGGUUUGGUUUCCUCUAUUUUCUAACCAAGCUCUUUACAAAGCUCGUACUUUUCCAACUAUUUUUCGAUUCUCUGGCGACAGCAAUAAGUUAACAUGUUAAGUGGCAGGAUUGCAUUGUGCAUUGAUGAAAUUAUAUCAAAAUAUGUUUGUACAUAUACAACCAUUAAAGAAGACAAAACAGAA